AUGGACGUGAGCUUCAAGAAGCGGAAGACGAAGAAGAAGACGACGACGGACGGAGCGGUACCGAACAAGCGACGGCGCAGACCCUCUGACAAGUCACUGGACGACGCACAAGACGCCAUCGCAGGCAUUGGAGACGAAGCGCAGGACGUGGAGCACGUGCAGCGCCGGAUCGAAGAGCUCCGCGAGGACCAGCGCCUGCGGCAACAGCUGCUGAAGGCGGAACUGGCCAAUCACAGGGCGGAGAAGCCAUGGAGUACGCGGCAAAGCGCGACGCCGAGUGCCACGAGCUCUUAUGGUCUCCAUGACCCGAAAAAAGACGGCUCGACGUCGCAGAAGCUCUUGUCGCUGCUGGAUGGACAGUUUACGGGACAGAGUGCGACGACGGACAAGGACCAGCACGAAGAGCUCAUGAACCAGUUUAUCGACGAGAAACUGUCGCAGAUAAAGCAGCAAAAAGGGGGCGCGCUGCAGAAGGAGCAGCAGCAGCAGCAGAUGGACGAGGCCAGUGCAGCUCUCAAGCGUGCUGAAGACCGGCUGUUUGAGCUGCCGGCACACUUGAUACCGGACGUUUCGCGUCAAAACAAGGGGACUGGUGACGGUGACGGUACGGACGGGGGGAUGCUCUUGGGCAGUGCAGGCAUUGCCGAGGUGGAACUGCCGUCAAUGUACUCGGAGAAGACAGUUGCCGCAACGAGAAAAGCGCUUGAAAGGAGCCACCGUAGCAGUGGCCCAAAGCUGGAUGCGAUCGGAGGGAUGGUGAACACAGCACUGCCUGCCAACUUUAGCGUCGACUUUAAUCGACACAGGACCGACUAUGUGGCUGAGAUGAAGAGUCUGAACCGAGAUGAACAAAGGGAGCGAGGGUUUCACCAAGGCAGGAAGAACCAAGCGAGCGAUGAUCGCGCUGUGUCGCGCUUUCGGAAGUUUGAGAGCCGCAAGCUGCGACGGUAG